CGCCAUACGCUCCAUUAAAAAGCACACGGUUAAAUUCAAUUUUUAAAUAUUUGGGUUCCACAAGUUCGCCGUUGGGAGGCCGAAGGCCUUUAUAAUGUAUUGCACCGACAAAUUUUCCCGCUAACUUCACCAGAUGAGUGAUGGAGAUACUGCAAAGAAUGACCACAAUUCAGAGAAUAUGAAGCAAAAUUUGAAUUCACAGAGGAGCUUAGAAGUAUUUUGAAGGGCAUUUUUAUAACUCGAAAGUAUUGGGAGGUGAAGCAGAAUUUGAAUUCACAGAGGAGCUUCUAAGUAUUUUGAAGUGCAUUUCUAGAACUGGAAAGUAUUGAUAGAUGGCGUCCCAGGAUAUACCUUCAUAGGCUCCUGAUCAGGAGCCACACAUUGAUGGUAUAGAUCCUCCACACCAGGAUCCCCCGUUGCCCGACAUUGCUACCAUUUUCAAAUACAGUGAUCGUGAGUUGCAUAGGUUGAGGGUCAUAUUAGAUGACCCCCAUACUGAUGGCGUGUACAAGAGUACAUGCACAUCCAUUUUUGAUAGUUUGCAAACAUUGAGGGACCACUUAGUUUCUCACACCUCAUUCUCACAUGAGGUUAUAGAGGAUAUUUAUAGACAGUUGAGGAGUGAGGUGAGGGGUCCUGAUUCUUUUGCUGAUGUGGUGAGGGUGGCCUCGAAGGAGACCAUCAAGGAGAGGUGCUUUCCACAGUAUCAGAAGAAGAGUAAGGUGAGAGGAUAUCAGGUCACGAGAUGUAUCGACCCACGGGUUGCAUCAUUGAUUUACCCAUGCUUCUUAGCUGCCCAUGGUCGUUAUCCUAAUAACGACCAGAUACCUUUAUACUUUGCACAACAGGUAUUUGCUGAGGUUCAUUGUCAGAUGAAACCAAACUACCUUGAUAUUCCAGCAUAUUAUGGAUAGGGGAGGGGCAGGAUUGUUGAUAGAGAUGCAUAUCGUAGGUGUGAUAGAGCUCCGCCUAGACACAGGGACCUUGUUGGCCAGAUUUCUGGCAGUAGUCCCAGCCCUCGCCCCCAUAGCGAAUCACGUUGUGAUUGCUUCUCAAAGAGAAGCAAUUGAUAGGAUUGGACAGAUUGCAUCAGCAGCAACCACCAUAUCAUUUGACAAGCUGGGCAGAUAUAUGAUGAGUGGACCACGUUCGAGAUCAUCCACAGAUCAUGCAUCUUCUAGUCAUGGGGAAGCUUCAGAUUCAGAUGAUCAAUAUAUUACUAUUGGCAUCCCCUCCCCAAAUGAGGUAGCAGCUAUAGUCGGAGGUAGUAGACAUGUACAGAUGUCACAGUAUUUAGCCGAGGACCUGCUACAUUCUUACCGUUUUAUUUCAUCUCGACUUGGGAUACCAUUGGUUGUUGUGAGAGAGGAGAUUCUCAGAGACAGGCAAGCUACCGCUGCAUCGACACAUACCCCGAGGCAGUCACAACAUGUGCGUAGGAGAGAUUCUUUUGAUGCUGUUAGUGGACAGGGGUCUAUUGGACGUCCAAACUCUGACCAAGACUCUCCCUCAGAUGGUCGCUCUGUUCGUGGCCGACAUGAUGCAUGUUGAUUUGUUGGACUUUAUAGCUCAUUUGUUUAUCUUUUUAUGUAUACAUGUACAUUUUAGACUUUCAUAUUAUAUAUAUUCAUGCAUGUAUGAAGUUUAGACUA